GGGAAAUUUCUGCAAGAUGGACCGAUAGACAGGACGACGGUCGCGUGACAUGAGAGAACGGCUGCGAAAAUGAUGAGGAUGAGGAGCGGCAUGAAUGGACGAGGAGUCGGCGACAAUGGCGAAGGAACUUUGAUCCUGCUCCUCGUCGCAUUGACUCCUGUUAUCUGCUCCGCCGGAAUCCUGGACCCUUGGCAGUGGGCGCGCAGCGAUCGGAUCGAAGUCAACAUACCUUGGCUGCCUUUCGAAAACGAGACACGCUGCUAUGACGAGUUGGGUUGCCUAAACAUCACCAGGAGCUGGUAUCACCUCAUUCAUCGACCUCUCAACGUUUUCCCGUUGCCGCGAGAAGUUAUUAAUACCAGAUUCAUCCUCUACACGAAUCAAAAUCCUUUGGACGGUCAAAUAUUAAAAGUGGCCAAGAAUAAAUCCAUCGAAAACUCGAACUUCAAUCCUAAGCGACAAACCAAAUUCAUUAUACAUGGCUUUAUAGACACUCCACUCAGCAACUGGGUCAAGGAAAUGAGGAGUGAACUGUUGGUGCACGGUGAUUACAAUGUUAUCGUGGUCGAUUGGGCUGGUGGAAGUCUACCUUUGUACACUCAAGCGACAGCGAACACGAGACUGGUUGGACUCGAAAUAGCUCAUCUCAUCAAGCACUUACAAACAAAUUACGGCCUAGAUCCGAACGACGUACAUUUAAUCGGGCACAGCCUCGGUGCCCACACAGCCGGUUAUGCGGGCGAGAAAUUGGGUGGCAAUAUUGGACGUAUUACCGGGUUGGAUCCUGCGGAGCCAUAUUUCCAAGGAAUUCACACCGAUGGAAAGAGCAUAUUUUUCUUAGGAUAUGGGAUGAGCCAGCCUUGCGGACACCUGGAUUUCUAUCCUAACAACGGCAAGGAACAGCCCGGCUGCACGGAUCUGAGCGAGACCACGCCAUCACUGCCGCUUACCUUAAUACGAGAGGGCCUCGAGGAGGCUUCGCGCGUCCUGGUCGCCUGCAACCACGUGCGCGCGCUCAAACUCUUCAUCGAGAGCAUCAACUCCAAGUGCCAGUACGUGGCGCACGAGUGCUCGAGCUACGCAAGCUUCUUGCGAGGCGAGUGCUUCUCCUGCAAGAGCAACAAUAGCCUGAGCUGCGGCGUAAUGGGUUACCACGCGGACACCAGUCCUGCGCUGAUAAAACGUCAAGCCAUGGGACAAGAUGUCUCGUCCUUGUUGGGCUCCAAAUUCUUCUUUAUGACGGGCAAAGAUGAUCCUUAUUGCAGAAGACAUUAUAGAAUUACCAUCAACCUCGCCCAACCGCCGACCGCGGAGAGCUGGGUGCAGGGCUUCAUGAAAGUCACUCUCCACGCCGACAAAGGCAUGAUACGCAACAUGGAUCUUACGCCCAGCGGUUACAUGAAACUGGAGCACGGAUCGACCGCGCGGAUGGUCGUUGCUCAUCCGACCGGUUCCAUCGGCAACAUCGGUAAGAUACGACGGAUUGAACUCUCCUGGGUCUACGACAUGGACGUACUGCAGCCCAGAUCCCUGUGCUUCUUCUGGUGUAAUGAUCGUCUGUAUGUUAACAGCGUCAAAGUGGAUGCUAUGGAUCUUCCGGGCAGAGGAAAACGCGAAGCGGAUUUCUCCAGCAAGCUUUGCUCGGUUAGCAGACAAGAGUACGCAGAGAUCGCGAGCGGAUCUACCGCCACGUUCGUCGACAAUUGCUGACGAUCCGUUCCGCGGCGGGAAAUCGCAUUUUGGGCGCGUCAUAUAAUUACAAAAACGCAGCUGCUACUAUCCAGAGGCGAUUCUUGAAAGUCGGACAACGAUGAUGAUGAUGACGAUAAUGAUGAUGAAACGAAACGAGAGAAUCGCGGUAAUCCUCGUAAUUUUUUUCGCCGACAAUAUACCGAUGGAAGAGGCGGUUUUAUGUACUUGUGCUCUCUUUCUCUAUUUAUCGCGAUCUGCCGUUUUCUUCAAAUGCGGCACGAGCUACCAAUUAACACUUCUAUGGACGAGACGAUCUGACGCAACUCAUUGCUCUACACAUCUAUAAUCGAGUUCCUGGAGAUUUGUCCCGUCGGCGAAGAUUAGAUUCUAAUAACACGAUUGAUUGCGAAAGCAGUUCGUAAGAAGAGAAAUUCUUAGCGAAUAAACGUCUAGAAGCGAAAUCAAAGCCAUGAGCGUGCUUUCGAUAGAAAAGUUGAACUUCUCGCUAUGCUUUUUUUCUUUUUGGUAACGAUUUCUUCAGUAUUAGUAUUGAUCAAUUUACUAUGUACAUGUUGUAUAUAACAGUAGACGUAACGCAUUAAAAUUAAUUUCUUAUGGAUGUGAUUAUCGCUAGAGAGUCUUGAGUGAUUACUAAUGUAAGGCUUCUAUUAAGCCGAUCUAUGUAUUAUACAUUAACACUUAUUCUGUUUCAUACGAUGAUAUGAUUAUCGUAUUGUCUCUCGCAAUACAAAUAUAACGAUAGGUUGUGAUAUUCUCUUGCUUAAGAACUAUAAAAAAAAAAAAGAUGCGCAAAAUGCGGUGACUCAAAGACGACAAACUAUACUGCUAUUUGCUCAUAAUCUUUAUAAAUAAAAUGUACAAAACAUGUAAUGAAAAGGCAAUUCUUGUUUAUGACAAGAAUACUCCGAGCUAUUUUUUUUAUAUCUGUAUAGAUUGUUGCAUUGUAAAAUAAAGUUUAUUAGUUAUAAGUAUGGAUACUAUUGCACAAAAAUAAAAUGGGGAUAUUUUUAUAAAAUAUAUGUGAGAUUUGUGUAUUCGUGGAAGUUUAUGUAAAAUGUGUUAUAUUUGUUCUUGGAGAUCUCGGGGGAAGAAACACACCUGCGACUACAGCUUGCUAAUCUUUCGCAGUGUUUACUCCUCGAUAAAACGCUUUACACGUUAAUCCGUCGCUUAUACAAAAAGAUUAUCGCGGAGCGCAGCUAUACACGGUAACACAUGAUUCUUCUCUUUUAUCUUACACGAGAUUCAACAAUGAUUGAGUAAAAAAGCCGUCCACGUUUGUUCGACGCGGUAACAAGGGAUUGGUAAAAUAUAUAAUAUGAUAUAAUAUAGCGAUAUACAUAAUAUAAUCUAAUAUAAUCUCUAAAAUCUGUCAUAUAACAUAGAAUCUGUAUAUAAAUAAUAAAUAGGAAAUAAGGGAGCAGGUUUGAUCGAUUAGCUUGGUAGACUUUAGCACUAAAUUACCGUUACGAAGAACAUUUAUAUAGGAGGACUAUGGGGAAAAACUGGUGACUGGACAAACAAGAAGAGUGUGUGAAGAUAAAUUGAGAACAGUGAAAGAGAGAGAAA